AUGAGUAUUUGGCUCAUUAUAGUCAUCAUUGGACAAGUAUCGGCUCUUUCUUAUAAUCGGCCGCAAUUUUGUUCAAAUGCAUCAUGGUAUCCAAAUGCUACGACUUUCGCGGAUAUGAGUAUGAUGGGUUCGCAACCUCGCGAUAUUUUUAUCAAUACAAACAAUACGAUCUAUGUUACUAGUCAAGCAGCUAAUAGCGUUCUUGUCUGGUCUGAAGGAAACACUAUACCAAUCAAAAAUGUUUCUGGUAAUCUAUCAAAUCCGUUUGGUCUCUUCGUUACAACAGCAGGUGAAAUUUAUGUUGAUAGUGAUAAUCCAACCGGUCGAAUUGAUAAAUGGACAUUAAAUUCAACAACUGGUAUUCCAAUAAUGUAUACAUGUACAAAAUGCUAUGAUAUUUUUAUCGAUAUGAACAAUAAUCUUUAUUGUUCCAUGUAUAAUUUUCAACAAAUUGUUACAAAAUCAUUAGGUGUUGUUUCAAAUGCAUUAACAAUUGUUGCAGGUACAGGAACUGCUGGGAAUACCUCGUCUAUGCUAAAUAGUCCUUAUGGAAUAUAUGUUAAUACCAAUUUUGAUUUAUAUGUGGCAGAUUAUAACAAUAAUAGAAUACAAUUAUUUCAGUCUGGACAAUUAAAUGGAAUCACAGUAGCCGGAGCAGGAUCAUUAAAUCCUACAAUUACACUUAAUGGACCAACUGGAAUUGUUCUUGAUGCUGAUAAUUAUCUCUAUAUUGUGGAGUUUAACAAUCAUCGUAUUCUUGGAUCAGGACCAAAUGGUUUUCGUUGUUUAGUUGGUUGCUCUGGUUCAGGUGGUUCAGCAUCCAAUCAGUUAUCAAAUCCUUUUACUCUUAGCUUUGAUAGUUAUGGAAACAUGUUUGUUACAGAUUAUAGCAAUAAUCGAAUUCAAAAAUUUGCUAUAUUAACAAAUUUGUGUAGUGAAACUAUAACAUCGACUCUAAUGAAUAUAAAUACAUCAUUAAAUACAAGUCAAUCCAAUAUCUUGUCAACAAUAACUACGCAAUCAAGUAAUAUAAUAUUACCAUCAACUAAAAAUGUUUCAUACAAUCGACCAAAAUUCAACGCAUUCCCUUCAUGGAAUCCAAAUGGAAUUAUUUUCGCCAAUAACAGUACAGUUGGCGUACUUCCUAUAGGCAUUUUUAUUGAUACCAAUAACACAAUCUAUGUUGUUGAUCGAGGAAGUAAUGAAAUUCAGAUAUGGUUCAAUAAUAGUACCAGUCCGACACAAACAAUUCAAGGAAAUUUUUUCACACCUAGUUCUAUUUUUGUUACAACGAAUGGUGAUAUUUAUAUUGACAAUGGACAAGCGAAUGGUCAAGUUGAUAAAUGGGUAUCGAAUGCAAUUAUUGGUGAUCCAGUCAUGUAUGUUAGCUCAUCAUGCUAUGGUCUUUUCGUUGAUAUCAAUGAUACUCUUUACUGUUCUAUGUAUGAUCUUCAUCAGGUUAUUGCACAAUCAUUGCAUAGUAUGUCAAACAAAACAACAAUUGUUGCGGGUACAGGUUGUUCUGGAUCCACUUCAAAUAUGCUCAGCGGUCCGUGCGGAAUCUAUGUUGAUACCAAUUUUGAUUUAUAUGUAGCAGAUUAUCACAAUAAUAGAAUACAAUUAUUUCAAUCAGAACAAUUAAAUAGCAUCACAAUAGCGGGAGCAGGAUCGCUAGAUACCACAAUUACACUCAAUGGACCAACUGGAAUUGUUCUCGAUGCUGAUAAUUAUCUCUAUAUUGUGGAUUAUAACAAUAAUCGUAUUGUUGGAUCAGGACCAAAUGGUUUUCGUUGUUUAGUUGGAUGUUCUGGUUCAAGUGGUUCGGCAUCCAAUCAAUUAUUAUAUCCUUUUACUCUUAGCUUUGAUAGUUAUGGCAACAUGUUUGUCAGUGAUUAUGGAAAUAAUAGGAUUCAAAAAUUUAUUUUAUUAAACAAUACUCAUGAUCCUUCAUACAACCAACCGAAAUUUUGUCAAAAUGCAUCCUGGAAUCCAAAUGCAAGUACUUUUGCAAAUAGCAGUACAGUUGGCGCAAAUCCAUGGGGCAUUUUUGUCAAUACCAAUAACACGAUCUAUGUUGCUGGUUAUUCAAAUAGUUUAAUACAGAUAUGGUUUAAUAAUAGUAUCGGUCCAACACAAACGAUUCAAGGUAAUUUGUCGGAACCUAAUUCUAUUUUCGUUACACAUAAUGGUGAUAUUUAUAUUGACAAUGGCGCAUUCAACCAUCGAGUAGAUAAAUGGAUAUUGAACGAAAACACCAGUGUUCCUGUCAUGGAUGUUAGCGUAUCGUGCUUUGAUCUCUUUGUUGAUACCACUGAUACUCUAUAUUGUUCAAUUGCUUCUCUUCAUCAGGUUGUCAAAAGAUGGUUGCAUGAUAAUUCUAGCAUACUAACAAUUACGGCUGGUACAGGAACUCUUGGAAAUACCUCGUCUACGCUCAAUCUUCCUUGUGGAAUCUAUGUUAAUACUAAUUUUGAUUUAUAUGUGGCAGAUUAUUACAAUGAUAGAAUACAAUUAUUUCAGUCUGGA